GCCCCCGUGGAAGUGUGACUGGUAUGGGUAAUGGUGUGAGAGAAUGUCCAGUGGAAUUCCAGAGGGAUGUGGAGCCCAUCACAGCCCAAAUUCCAGCAGAGGAUAACCAGGACAAGAAGAAAGUGCUGAACUCCCUGAUGUCUGGAGCACUGGCUGGGGCUGUGGCUAAAACUGCAGUGGCUCCUCUGGACAGGACAAAAAUCAUGUUCCAAGUGUCUUCAAAAAGAUUUUCUGCCAAGGAAGCAUACAGGCUGAUCUACCACACCUACCUCAAGGAGGGUUUCUGGAGCCUGUGGAGGGGGAACUCAGCCACCAUGGUGCGGGUGAUCCCCUACGCCGCCAUCCAGUUCUGUGCCCACGAGGAGUACAAGCAGCUCCUGGGCAGCUACUACGGCUUCCAGGGAAAGGCACUGACGCCGUUCCCUCGCUUCAUCGCCGGCUCCCUGGCUGGCACCACGGCUGCCAUGGUCACCUACCCGCUGGACAUGGUGCGUGCCCGCAUGGCUGUCACGCCCAAGGAGAUGUACAGCAGCAUUGUGCACGUUUUCAUCCGGAUAUCCCGAGAGGAGGGGCUGAAAACCUUGUACAGGGGCUUCACCCCCACCAUCCUGGGCGUCAUCCCCUACGCUGGCCUCAGCUUCUUCACCUAUGAGACGCUGAAGAAAGUGCAUGCAGAGCACAGCGGGAAGGCGCAGCCCUCGCCCCCCGAGCGCCUGCUGUUCGGGGCGUGCGCCGGCCUCAUCGGCCAAUCGGCCUCGUACCCGCUGGACGUGGUGCGGCGCCGCAUGCAGACGGCCGGAGUGCUGGGCCACACCUACAGCUCCAUCCUGCUCACCAUGCAGGACAUCGUCAGGGAGGAGGGACUCAUCAGGGGGCUCUACAAAGGGCUCAGCAUGAACUGGGUCAAGGGCCCCAUCGCCGUGGGCAUCAGCUUCACCACCUUCGACCUGACGCAGAUCCUGCUCCGCAAGCUGCAGCACAGCCCCGGCCUGGACAGGUAGUGGCUGUGUGUGCCAGGAGAAUUCCUUCUUCCCUGCUCUCCC